CGGAUAGAGAGCAGAAAGCAGAACAGGAACUCUCUUACUAAUGGACUCCGCUGGCCCAAAUCACUGAACAUAGUAACCCCUUUCCAUUUCUCACCAAGAGCUUCUUGUCUUUCUCGUCCCUUCAACUUUGUUCCGUUUAAGCACACGCUUCAUCUAUCGCUUCCCUCUUUCCGCCUCUCUUCUCCCCGAUGCUCUCUCAAUGGAGCAGCUGCGGUAAACAAGCAAGGUGCUUUGCCUCGGGGGGCUGGCGAGGCAUUGGGAGGGGCAUCCAAUUCGAAGGUUCUUCAGGUUGUGCUGGUGUCUCCUCAGAUACCAGGAAACACUGGGUGCAUUGCAAGAACUUGUGCAGCAUCUGCUGUUGGACUACAUUUAGUUGGGCCGUUGGGAUUUCAGGUGGAUGACUCAAAGCUGAAGCGUGCCGGACUGGAUUACUGGCCAUAUGUGGUUGUUAAAGUUCAUGAUUGUUGGGAAGAUUUCCGUGAUUAUUUCAGGCAACAGGAGGGUGAAAAGCGAUUACUUGCAUUUACAAAAAGGGGAGCAAAAGUUCAUUCUGAGUUUUCCUAUAGAAAAGGAGACUACCUUUUAUUUGGUUCUGAAACUAGCGGGUUGCCAGCUGAAGCCCUGCAAGACUGCGCCUCUGAGUCAUUUGGUGGCGGGACAAUCCGGAUCCCAAUGGUAGAAACUUAUGUCAGAUGUUUAAAUCUUUCUGUGAGUGUUGGCAUAGCACUAUAUGAAGCUUGCAGACAGCUAAACUAUGAACACAUUCAGGUGCCUUCUGUAAGUUGUACUGAUACUGAACAAGCAUUUCUUACUGAGGACAUUUUUGCUUGAUCGCAUAUGCUGUAGCCCAUAGUUGUUCUAAUUUGACACAGGUAGAAAAUUCUUUGUACAACCUCUGCUCUAUUAAGCAUGAUUCAUGAUUAGAAAAAGCUGUACAAGUAUUUACUAUCCAAUUAUUUAUCUCUACCCCUCCCAUUUUAAUGAA